AAUUUUUAAAUUAUGACUAAUUUUACAAAAAUAUCAAAAUGCCAUUUGCCGGGAUAAUGAUUUUAUUUAAAUUAUAAUAAUAGCUAAUAAUAUAAAUUCGCGACAGUAUAAUGUGUUUUUUGGCAUUCUGGUAUAAGUUUCGACGACGGUUAUGCAGCAAUUCACAUUGUUACAAAGUUAGAAACUAGUUGAGGUUAGUGAAACACGCAAGAUGUUGACCUGCCUUAUAAACAGCAGUGGUUGCGAUGAACGCUUCAUUUCGAUCCAACCGACGAUGUCGGAGGUUGCUAACGGUUCUCCAAUAGAACUAGACCAACUUCACGAGAUGGACGCAUGUUACGAAACAUUCGACAAAGAUGGGGAUGGGAAGUUGAAUCUUGAUGAGUUCCGCCUGAUAUGUAAGGCUCUCUUCCGUAAUGACAAAGGCCACAUCUAUCCCUUGAGUGAAGAGAGAGCCAGGCAUAUUUUCCAAGUAUUUGAUAAGAAUGGAGAUGGAUACAUUGAUAAGGAGGAGUUCACAUUCUGCUGGAACCAUUGGAUUAAAGUAAUAGUACGACCAGUGAGUGCAUUCCUCAUUGUAGAUGUCCAGAAUGACUUCAUCUCUGGGACUCUCAACAUCAGCAAAUGCAAUGCCCAGCAAGACGGAAGCGAGGUGGUAGAACCGAUAAAUGCGUUACUAGAGGCUGUGCCUUUCGACUGUGUUUUUUAUUCCCUUGACUGGCAUCCACCGGAUCACGUCUCCUUUAUUGACAAUGUACAUAUGCGGGAGUUGGAUCCUUCGAGUCCUGUUUCAGCUGAUAAGGCACAGGCCUACGAUACAGUCGUGUUUGCCGGCCCUCCUCCAAUGAGACAGCGUCUAUGGCCACGGCACUGUGUACAGGACUCAUGGGGCGCAGAACUUCAUAAGGAUCUCAAGGUAGUAGACAGCGCGAUAAAAGUGUACAAGGGUACAAAUCCGGAUGUGGACUCGUAUUCAGUGUUUUGGGAUAACAAAAAGCUCACCGAAACAAGUCUUAGCACUCAGCUGCGCAUGCGCGCCGUCACUGAUAUUUACAUCUGUGGCAUCGCGUACGAUGUUUGUGUCGGCGCAACAAUAGCAGACGCACUCGCUAUAGGCUACCGUUCAGUGUUGAUAGAAGACGCCUGCCGCGGCGUGGAUUUGGCUGACAUGCAACGUACUAAGAGUACCAUAAUUAAUAAUAAUGGACUUAUAAUUAACUCGGAAGAUGUCCUAGCAAUGGUGGAAGGCCGUGAUCGAAGGCCUGAAUUGGGAUAUAAACUUGCCAUGGAACUGAAGAAUGCUAUGGAAGAAGAAUAAUGCACUUUAUCUUAAAUAUUUUACGUUUAUAGUCACCAGUUUUGCUUCUAUUAGUCAAUUAGGUAUGGUGCAAUACACAUCACUAAUGCCUUUUUUUAUUUUAUUUAAUAUUAGUCUAGGUUCUGAUGAAAUAUUGACUAGCUUUUGCGGCUUUAGUUGUAAGUUGAUGCUUUAUUUAUAUUUAUAUGUAAGAUACACUUACCACUUUAGGUUUAAACAAACAAAAAUAAGUUUGCGAACAUAAAAUGUAACAAACCAAUUUGUCUCAUCUCGAAACCGCGUCACGUGAAUAAUAAUUAAAAAAUAAGUUUAAAUCAAUAUUAAGACACCAAAAUAUUUUUUCUGAAAAACAGUUAGAAAUCAUUGAGUUAAUGAUUUUAGUGCAAAAAAACUAUAGAGAACCGUUGACAAUUAUUGAUACCGUCUGACAAGUUGUAAACAAAGAAACUGGACAGACUGUCUCAACGAUCCACUAAAUAGUAUUGGUUAUUCAGACUUUUUGUCUAUGAGCAUUUGGUGCCUUGGCUGGCGAUAUGGUUUUGGUAGGCACUAGAACUAUACCGGUGUCAUUUAGGUUACUUUUUUUCUCAUUAGUAUAAAUAAAAAUGUCUCAUUGGAUACUAAAAAGAGAUAAUUUCAUGAAAUAGGGGAAAUUCUAUUUAUAUUUUGCUUGUAAUAUAUAUACCAGUAAAUAUGAAAUUCUAAAAGGCCCUCUCUUGUAAGCAAUUGUUACAGUGAUAUUCUUAAAUUAAAUAACAAUAAGUUAAAAGUUCAUUUCUUAUACCUAUUUUUUAUCAGUGCCUCAAAAGUAUUAGACAUUCUAAAGGAGGCUAGUUUUUAAUCCCAUUACAAAAUGGCACUUAAAGGAUGCAACUCAACUUCAAUUCUUUCAUGUUACAAGUAUUUUUAUACAUUUGGGUAGUGAGAAUGUACAACAAAGGACAGAGAAACGGGUCUUAUUUCUUCAUAAAAUGUUUCUAAUUAUUUUCAUUUUAGAAGUACCGUAAGUUAUCAUAAAGAGGGAUUGAACACUAUUAAAACCAUGACAAUGAUAAUUUAAGUGUUAAUCAGUGUAAUCAAAUAAUUGGUUAUAGAAUUAAUGUUUAAUAACUGCUUAAUUUUGUCUGAUUAUCAAACGAUUAAUAGACACACAAUCAACAUUUUGACAUUGACAAUCAAAAUAUAUAUGUAGUAGUCACAAGUAGUGCUUUACUAGAAUAAUUAGUUAAAAUGCGUGUUAUUUAUUUUUAAAAAAGGGUUUUUUUUUCUUAUUUGUCAAUGAUAUUAUUUUUUUGUUUUAUUAGGUGUAAGUAAUUUAUUCAACUUAACAUUAUUUAAUCCUUUACCAUAGUACAAAAUGUUUAGUAUUGUAAUGCAGUUAGUGUCUUGUAUGUGGGCUUAGUGUAGAAAAGUAGUAGAAUAUUGACCUUCAUUCCAAGUAUAGAAAUCUUAUUUUUCAUAGUCUAGUAAAAUAUACUACUUAAUAUCUACAUGUAGUGCUAAUCUACUUAAUGCUGUACUUAUACUACACUUCUACUUAUGUCUUUUAUUUUAAAAUUAAUUGUUUCUCAAUGAGUAUCUCAGUCUGGAAGUGAAAAACUGAUUGGCUUUAAUAUGUUAGAAAUUAGUCAUUCCUUUUAGCUGUAAUGUAACAGUUAGUGAGAACAGAUUCCUAUGUACACCUAUAAAAUAUUUUAUUUUUGUGUAGUUUAAACUUGUUAGAUAAUACAUAAUAAUAUAUAAAACAUACUG